AUGGCCACGUACUCUCUAGAUCCUACAGAACAGCCGAUAGCCGAUGUGAUGAAUCCAGAAUCCUCAAGCAUGGCCAUCGUCUCAUACUCCAUCAUAUUAUCUUCUCUCCAAAUCGUUUUUGUGACAGCCCGAUUUCUUUCACGACUACUUAGAAAGGUUCCGUCAAUCUGGGGGUUAAAUGACCAUCUUAUCAUUGUGCGUGGUACCAUUGCAGUCAUUUCUAAGCAUGCAAUUCACUCACAUCCUCCACAGCUGCGCAUCCUCAAACUAGCCAUUCUCUUCCUCUACAAACGACUAUUCAUCAUAUCCAAACGAGCGAAACACGCAAUAAGAGGCGCAACAUAUGCAGCGUACGCGUUCAUCAUCGUUCUCGAAGCAAUAGCGAUUUUGCAACGCGUACCACGCUCCGAUACAUAUAAAACCGGACCGAGAAAAUCUCAUCAUAUCGUGACCGAUAUUUUGAUAUUUUUGAUUCCUGUCCCGGUGGAAUGGAAACUCAAUGUUCCUUUGGGGGCCAAGAUGGAGUCUGCCUGGUAUGGUAAUCUGCGCAGUUCGACUCUCGGUAUUCUUGCGGAUACAGCACCUGCCAGAUCUUACAUAUGUGAGAGGAGAAUCACUACUCUGGCUACAAAUUCAACCUGCUGCCUAUUUAAUUUGCGCGUGUUUGCUGCGCUGCCGCCUGUUACUUGA